GAAGAGACCAUAGAGACUUCCUUCAGGAGGGAAGGAAGGGACCCAUUCUUUCUUUCAAAUCUGGAAGGAAAAGUCUCUGUAUGUGUUGCCUUUCCUAGGAAGCCUUCCUUUCCUGCCUUGACUGAAGUGAACAGAAGAAUUGUAUGGGAAUUGAAAAUUUCCACUUUUCCAAGCAUGCCAUCACCCACACUUAAUCCCAGCCCCAGCCGAAACCUGUGCUCUCUCUGCCGUCUGCUUCUCAAGAGGUACCAGGAUGCUUCUGCUGACACAAAGUCUUACUCCCAAGCUAGCAAGUCUGGCCCCCACGGCCAAGUGGGGAAAAUGGCUCACUUGAAAAAUAGGGCAGAGAAACAGAAACGGCAACGGGAGAGACUGGAAUCCAUCGAAGCUGGGCUGGCUGCUGGGGUGAAGGAUGAGCACCCAAGACAAGGAAAGGGCAGAGCUGUGAGAGACAUGGUUCAGUAUGACAUUCCAACUGUAGCUGGGGAAAAGAAAGAUACAUCAGGGCCUCUGCCCACUUCCUAUAGCCCACGCUAUGUUGAAGCUGCUUGGUAUGCUUGGUGGGGGAAAGAAGGCUUUUUCAAACCAGAAUACCAGCAUCAUUCAUCACAUCAGAAGCCAGAAACAUUUUCUCUAUCUAUUCCCCCACCUAAUGUCACAGGCUCCCUGCACCUGGGCCAUGCUUUGACUGUGGCUAUUGAAGAUGCUUUGGUACGGUGGAAAAGGAUGCAAGGAUAUAAAGUCCUGUGGGUUCCAGGUUCAGAUCAUGCUGGAAUCGCCACUCAGGCUGUGGUAGAAAGAAAAAUCUGGAAGGAACAGAGAGUCCGACGACAAGAGCUUACACGAGAGAGGUUCCUCCAAGAAGUCUGGCACUGGAAAGAAGAAAAAGGGAAUGAAAUAUUUCAACAGCUGAAAGUGAUGGGAGCAUCAUUGGAUUGGGACCGUAUGUCUUUUACCAUGGACUCUAGAUUCUCCCAAGCAGUGACUGAGGCCUUUGUGCGACUGCAUGAACAAGGUCUGAUAUAUCGGGAUAGACGCCUGGUGAACUGGUCAUGUGCUUUGCAAUCAGCCAUUUCUGACAUUGAGGUGGAAAACAGGCAACUUGCUGGACGGACGGAGCUCUCUGUGCCUGGCAUCCAGGGCAAAGUAACAUUUGGGGUCUUGGAGAUGUUUGCAUAUAAGGUAGAAGGAGAGGAAGGUGAGGAGCUUCUUGUGGCUACUACCCGCCCAGAGACCAUGUUAGGAGACGUGGCUGUUGCUGUCCAUCCAGAUGACCCACGGUACACACAUCUCCAUGGGAAGAGGCUCUGCCAUCCAUUCACUGGCCGUCUCAUUCCUGUCAUUACAGAUCCCUUGGUGGAGCGGGAGAUGGGCACAGGGGCUGUGAAAGUAACACCAGCACAUAGCUAUGCUGACUAUGAACUGGCUCGUGAGCACAGAUUGCCUUUCAUUUCGGUUAUUGCAGAAGAUGGUUCAAUGACCGCAGAAUGUGGGGAAUGGUUACAGGGCCUGAAUAGGUUUGUGGCACGAGAGAAGGUGUUGAUUGCUUUGAAGGAGAAAGGUCUUCAUCAGGGUGCAAAAGAGAAUCCUUUGGUGCUUCCUCUUUGCAGCCGUUCUGGGGAUGUGGUUGAAAUUCUCCUAAAGAACCAGUGGUUUGUCCGGUGUGAAACGAUGGCUCACAAAGCCUUAGAGGCUGUGGAAUCUGGAAACCUGAAGUUAACACCUAAAUCUUAUGAGAAGAAUUGGAGGACUUGGCUCUUGAGUAUCAGUGACUGGUGCAUUUCCCGCCAGCUCUGGUGGGGUCAUCAGAUUCCAGCCUAUCGAGUCACAGUUUCUGGGUCACCUGACCUCAGAGAACAGGAAGAGAGUGAUGGAGUCUGGGUAGUUGGUAGGACAGAAACAGAAGCUCGGAGAAAAGCAGCAAGCAUGCUGGGAAAAUCAGAAGAGGACCUGGAGCUGGUGAGAGGUAAAGCCAACAGGACAAUCGCACUAAUUUCUGGAAGGGAAUGUACCAAUAUAUUUAGGUUAGUAUCAAAAGGAAGAGUCUGCAAGGGUUACUUUUUUUUUUUUACUACAACUUCCAGAAUCUCUCAGUCUGGGAGAUUCUAGUAGUUAUAGUUCAGAAAGUAAUUUGUCGAAGUUCUUAAUGAAAGAACUCUCUUGUAUAUAUCUCCUGGCUUUAAUUUAGGUGCACUGAUAUACAGCCUCUGAAAAAGCAGCUGGGUAUGCAGCCUCCUCCUUCACCAUCCUCCUGAAAUGACAGAUGUUUCUAGCAACAGAUGCAGUCACUGGGCUCUUCUUCCUAAGUUUAUCAACUCUUCUGUGUUGAAAGAUAGAGCUGUGGUCUGUUCAACAUGGAUUUGCCUGUUCUCACUGGUCUGCUGCCUACAGGCGUAAUGAAGGAUGCUGUCUCAUCAGCAGUAUUAGAUCCACCUGGCAGUCCAAUUUACAAUUGUAUUUUGAAUGCGGGUGUCAUCUUGUCCUUUUCUUCAUGGCUCAGUUGUUCACUGAGUCUAGUGUUUAAUUGCAGCCGAACCUCUCCUUUUGCUCUUCUCAAUUCCUCAGGGCAUUGGAAAGUUAGUGUUUUUAUUGAUACCUCCCAGAAUUCCCAAGCCAGCAGUAUGGCCACUGACUAGAUAGCAGGAAAAUUCUGGAAAUUGUAAAAAUAAAGUCCCCCCACUGUUUCUUAAACUUUUACCAGUCUAAAGUGCUCUUCCUUUUUUCCUCCCCUGGGGUUUGCAGAUUUCAGUAAGAUUUACAUUGCUUUUCUUUUCAUUAGAUGCUGAUGUCUUAGACACUUGGUUCUCCUCUGGCCUCUUUCCCUUUGCAGCAUUGGGUUGGCCUCAUAAUACAGAAGACCUCAAGCAGUUUUAUCCCCAUAGCCUCUUGGAGACAGGAAGCGAC